CGUGGCCCCAACUGGCAGGGACAGCUGCGGACAGCGACGGACCAGCUUUGUUCGCAGGGUGGCGCCUGCUCUCCAUCCAGGCCCUGCUCCUUCUGAGGGCUUGGUGGGCAGCUGGCGCUCUGCGGCCCCCUCCAUGAGUGUCUAGAGGCACGGAGCCACCAGGGUCUCUCUGGAGGGGGCUCGGGGCGCUGGGAGGAUGGGGCAGGACCAGACGAAGCAGCAGAUCGCGAAGGGGCUCCAGCUGUACCAGUCUAACCAGACAGAGAAGGCGCUGCAGGUGUGGACGAAGGUGCUGGAGAAGAGCUCGGACCUCGUGGGGCGUUUCCGCGUGCUGGGCUGCCUGGUCACGGCCCACUCGGAGAUGGGCCGCUAUAAGGAGAUGCUGAAGUUUGCUGUGGUACAGAUCGACACGGCUCGGGAGCUGGAGGAUGCCAACUUCCUCCUGGAGAGCUACCUGAACCUGGCGCGCAGCAACGAGAAGCUGUGCGAGUUUCACAAGACCAUCUCCUACUGCAAGACCUGCCUCGGCCUGCCCGGCACCCGGGCAGCCACCCAGCUCGGAGGCCAGGUCAGCCUGAGCAUGGGCAACGCCUUCCUGGGCCUCAGCCUCUUCCAGAAGGCCCUGGAGAGCUUCGAGAAGGCCCUGCGCUAUGCCCACAACAACGAUGACACCAUGCUCGAGUGCCGUGUCUGUUGCAGCCUGGGCAGCUUCUACGCCCAGGUCAAGGACUACGAGAAAGCCCUGUUCUUCCCCUGCAAGGCUGCAGAGCUCGUCAACGACUAUGGCAAAGGCUGGAGCCUCAAGUACCGGGCCAUGAGCCAGUACCACAUGGCUGUGGCGUAUCGCCUGCUGGGCCACCUGGGCAGUGCCAUGGAGUGCUGUGAGGAGUCUAUGAAGAUUGCACUGCAGCAUGGGGACCGGCCACUGCAGGCACUCUGCCUGCUCUGCUUUGCUGACAUCCACCGGAGCCGUGGGGACCUGGAGACAGCCUUCCCUAGGUACGACUCUGCCAUGAGCAUCAUGACCGAGAUUGGAAACCGCCUGGGGCAGGUACAGGUGCUGCUGGGUGUGGCCAAGUGCUGGGUGGCCAGGAAGGCGCUGGACAAGGCUCUGGAGGCCAUCGAGAGAGCCCAGGACCUGGCCGAGGAGGUGGGGAACAAGCUGAGCCAGCUCAAGCUUCACUGCCUGAGCGAGAGCAUCUACCGCAGCAGAGGUCUGCAGCGGGAGCUGCGCGCCCACGUCGUGCGCUUCCACGAGUGCGUGGAGGAGACAGAGCUCUACUGCGGCCUGUGCGGCGAGUCCAUAGGCGAGAAGAAUAGCCGGCUGCAGGCUCUGCCCUGCUCCCACAUCUUCCACCUCAGGUGCCUGCAGAACAACGGGACGCGGAGCUGCCCCAACUGCCACCGCUCAUCCAUGAAGCCUGGCUUUGUGUGACCCCAUCAGGUCAUGAGCUUCUGCCUCGCCUCCCCUGCUCCUUCUCUAGCCUCACGCUGAAGGCCGCCCUGACCGGCUGCACCUCCAGUACCUGUUUACUCCUGGGGCAGCUUCCAGGGCCUCCUCUGGCCUCAGCCAGGGCAUGGGGCCUGCCCACUGCUGCUCCUCCAGGCCCGGCUGCCCUCCCCCACCUCUCUGUACUUUGCUCUUUACAGAAAAAUAAACUGUUUGUACCUGGUCCCAG